AGAGUGCAGCCUUCAUCUCUUCUAUAAGAGCUGCCUGCUGAAGUUGAGUAACUUCAUUUCGUCUCUUCUUCUUCUUCUUCUUUGAGAUCGAAAUGGCUCUGCUCCUCAGAAGAUUAGCAAAGGCUGCUCCAGUCGCAUUGAACAAUGCAUUCAAAGAUGGACCCAAAUCGAAUACCGGUGGUUUUGGACUUCCAUUUGGAGUAAUCGCUGCUCUUUCUGGUGGAAUCUCAUAUUACUAUUACUCUUCGCCGAAUAUGGUUCAGCUAGAUCACAGUAAUGAAGAAGCGGGUGAAAAAUUUGCACUCAAUCCAGAUAAGUGGGUCGAGUUUAAGCUACUUGAAAGUGCACGGGUCAGUCACAACACAAAGUUAUUCAGGUUUUCAUUUGACCCCACUGCUAAGUUGGGCCUAAAUGUUGCUUCAUGCUUUUAUACAAGGGCCCCACAAGGACAAGAUGAUGAAGGAAAGAUGCAAUAUGUGCUUCGCCCGUAUACUCCUAUAUCGGAUCCAGAUGCCAAGGGAUAUUUUGAUUUAUUGAUUAAGAUUUAUCCUGAUGGCAAAAUGAGUCAGUAUUUUGCAAGUUUAAAACCAGGCGAUGUAUUAGACGUUAAAGGGCCAAUUCAAAAACUCAAAUACACUCCCAACAUGAAGAAAAACAUUGGCAUGAUUGCAGGGGGUUCUGGCAUUACACCAAUGCUGCAAAUAAUUGAUGCUAUUGUGAAGAAUCCUGACGACACCACACAGGUGUCUCUGAUUUAUGCUAACGUAUCCCCAGAUGACAUACUACUCAAAGAAAAACUUGACACACUUGCAACAAGCCAUCCUAAUCUGAAGGUAUUUUACACAGUAGAUAAUCCUUCGAAGAAUUGGAGAGGAGGUAAAGGUUUUGUUUCAAAGGAUAUGGUUAUGAAAGGCUUGCCUGGUCCUGCUGAAGACACAUUGGUCGUUGUAUGCGGCCCACCUGGAAUGAUGAAACACAUCUCUGGCGACAAAAAUAAAGAUCGGACACAAGGGGAGCUCUCAGGUCUACUAAAACAACUUGGAUACACAGAGCAGAUGGUUUUUAAGUUUUGACAGACUGAAGCACCAAAGCCUUUCAGUUUUUAUCAUAAAACUGCGGAGACGUUUGUUGGUACCGCAGACUCUUGGACUUUUGGCUCCUUCCACCCCCUCCCUUUUUUCUGUAGUAGUGAAAA